AAGACCAACGACCCCCACCCAGAUCAUCAUCCCCUCCUUCCUCCUAUAUAAUCCCCUCCAAUCAUCUCUCCAGACUCUAUUCUGUUCCCCCCAAUCCCAUUACGACGACUCCCUGCCCCCAAAUCGCAGCCGGCCCGGUGCUUCUUUCUUGCUGACCAUGGACGAUGACAGUCUGAUGGACUCGCCCCUCCUACGGAGCGAGCGCUCCGGCGAGCGCUCCGGCGAGAGGACGGGCCGGAUCUCCUCCCCCUCCAGCGACACCGGGAAGACCUCGACUCCUCCGCCAUCGUCGCCUGCGGACCGAGCGCGACCUCCUCAUGGUGGGCUUAUCUCAGGCCGUGGCGAAAGAUCGAGGAGCUUCCGGUCUCCGCUCCGCCCCGGGGAUGCGAUUGGUUUAGCAAGUUGAUGAAGUGGGCGCCGAAGGAGAUCGGUCAGAAGGGCGCACCGCUCGACUCAGUUGGCGUCGAGAAGGUGAUCGGCACUUUCGGGUUCUUGCUGUUUGGGUCCCUUUCGCUCUAUCCCUGCACUGUCGAGCUCCUCAAGGACUUCAGGGACACCUACAAGAGCUUCGUCCUGCUGAGUUUUGGAUUCAUUUGGGUGCUGGUGAGCGUCGGGGUCCUGUGUGGACUCCACGGGAGGUCGGCCUUCGAGCAGGCGGUGUGCAGGCACACCGGCCGUCUCGGCUUGCUCGGUUUAGCGGCACUACUCAUGUUGCACGUUUGUUGCGCGCUCCCCGGGGACACCUGCACCACCAUACUCUUCUGGGUGUUGGGGGUUGGGGCGGUCGUGUUUCACCUUAUGUCAUGGUACACGAGCCUGUUUCUUGGGGAGGACAAGCCUGAGGAGAUCGCAGCAACAGACCAGAAGUAGAUGGGGUCAAUAGAAGCGCAGGCUACUUCAAAACUGUGAUCUGUGUUCGCAUUAACCAGUAACCAUGAUCAGCCAAAUACCCAGUAACCAUGUUCUGUGUUCGCAUAAUUGCCGCUGAACUACACAUCGCGUUACAGUUGGCUUCAGGGAUUAGAUUUUGCCCCCUUUUAGGAUUGAACUGAUUGUUCCUCGGCUCUCUAGAACCUUACACACUAAUAGUUUUCAUUUGAUAUCUUCUUGCUUGUUCCGAUGCCCGCAUUUUAUCCUUGAAAUGCCUGCAACAUGUACAGUAGUAUACCAAUGAAGUGAAUAUAGCAGAAAUGUUGAA